UGUGUGCCUGCGCAUGUGGGAGGGAGAGAGCGAGCGAGGGAGAGACAAAAACUCCAUCAACCCGGACAAUACCACCUCUCGUUUAAUGCUUCCCAACUGUUAUUCUUUCCCCUCAUUAUCACAGCACCAAGUAAUCUGUCUUUCCCCCCCUCCAACCCCCCUCCCUCCUCUUGGAAGAUAUGGAAGAGAAAGAUAAAGCGGCUGCCUGCGGGCGCUGAUGCGCGCAGCUCGCAUGCCUCCGCCGCCAGAGCCGGGGCCGCUCCGCAGCCGCCGCUCGCAGAGAGCCGCUUGCCGCGGGAUGGGAUGCAACUUCUGGUGAUUGGAUCACAGGCUUAAUUGAGUGAUAAUUGAGUAUCUUGUUAGCAGCACAGAAAUGAAUAACUCAACGUACAUAAACUCUUCCUCUGAAAAUGUAAUAGCUCUGGAGAGCCCCUAUAAAACUAUUGAAGUGGUCUUCAUCGUCUUGGUGGCGGGGUCUCUCAGCUUAGUUACCAUAAUUGGGAACAUCCUGGUCAUGGUGUCAAUCAAAGUCAACAGGCACCUGCAGACUGUCAACAACUAUUUCCUGUUCAGCUUGGCCUGCGCUGACUUGAUCAUAGGCAUCUUUUCCAUGAACCUAUAUACCCUCUACACUGUGAUAGGCUACUGGCCCUUAGGGCCUGUGGUAUGUGACCUCUGGCUGGCUCUUGACUAUGUGGUCAGCAACGCGUCUGUGAUGAACCUCCUUAUCAUCAGCUUUGACAGAUACUUUUGUGUCACCAAGCCUCUGACAUACCCUGUAAAGCGGACCACUAAGAUGGCAGGCAUGAUGAUUGCAGCUGCAUGGGUUCUCUCCUUCAUCCUGUGGGCCCCUGCAAUCCUCUUCUGGCAGUUCAUUGUAGGGGGAAGGACUGUCCCCGACAAGGACUGCUACAUUCAGUUUUUUUCCAAUCCUGCUGUCACUUUUGGCACUGCCAUUGCAGCUUUCUAUUUGCCUGUUAUAAUCAUGACUGUUCUUUACUGGCAAAUCUCUCGAGCCAGCAAGAGUCGGAUAAAGAAAGGGAAAAAGGAAGCUGCCCAAAAUCAGGAUCCAGUUUCCCCCAGCCUUGUCCAAGGUAAAAUAGUGAAACCAAACAAUAACAACAUCCCAACUAGUUCAGAUGGGUUGGAACACAACAAAAUUCAGAACGGAAAAACCACUGGAGAGAGUGUGACGGAAAACUGUGUUCAAGGGGAGGAGAAGGACAGCUCCAAUGACUCCACCUCAGUGAGUGUGGUCCCUUCCAAUACAAAAGAGGAUGAAGCUGCCAAAGAUGCCAGCCAGACUUCUGCCUCCCAAGACCAUCUCAAAGUGGAGAACUCCAAGCUGACAUGCAUCAGGAUAGUAACCAAGUCCCAAAAGGGUGACUGCUGUGCUCCCACCAACACUACUGUGGAGAUUGUAGGCACCAAUGGGGAUGAGAAGCAGAAUAGUGUAGCCCGGAAAAUCGUCAAGAUGACGAAGCAGCCAGCCAAAAAGAAACCACCACCUUCUAGAGAGAAAAAAGUGACAAGGACCAUUUUAGCCAUCCUCCUGGCCUUCAUCAUCACCUGGACCCCAUACAACGUGAUGGUGCUCAUCAACAGCUUCUGUGCGUCCUGCAUCCCUGGUACUGUAUGGACCAUAGGUUAUUGGCUCUGUUACAUCAACAGCACCAUCAACCCUGCUUGUUAUGCUCUCUGCAAUGCCACAUUCAAGAAGACCUUUAAGCACCUUCUUAUGUGCCAUUACAAGAAUAUAGGAGCAACAAGGUAAAGAAAUAAAUAAUUAUAAUAAUAAAAUAAUGGAAAACGUGAAGAAGCUCCAAAUUAAAUUAUAAAACAAACAAACAACAAUGCCAUAGCACUUUAUGUUCUAUUAUGGAAUGUGCAAUCAAAGACAUUAGAGGAAAUACUGAGAUGGAGCAUCAACUCCACUUCUGAGAACUACACUAAAGAUCUUUUUUUUUUCUAAUCACUGACAAUAAAUCUUGAGGACGUGCAUAAGUUCUGAGGAGUUAUUCAAGUCUAUGGACCGAAGGCACAGUUUCUUACUUUCUGAGAGUAUUCUGAAGAAGGGCUUUCGAAUCUAUGUUUGCUUGGGUUUUUUUGGUCACUGUAUCUAUCUAUUUUUUCUCUGUGUGUUUAAAAUGUCUCCAUCUAGGGAAAAAAAAUAAGGGAACUCAAAAAAUAAUGUUGUGGAAGAGACAUAGGGGCUUGAAAGUACUUUACAGAAUCCAAAUCGUAGUAGGUUUCUAAAGCUCAAGGUUGUCUAAAGAUUUUUGUUUGCGUCAUGUGAGAAACAUAAUGUUAUGUAAAACAUGAUGAAACGUAUUUUAUGUCUUUUAUGACACUCAUUUCCAAAACUGCAAGAUUUAUGAAAGUGUAUUUUUGCUCAACAUGUAACCAUUGCCUAAUAUGUAUCAGUCUAAGUUUGCCACUUACCCCCUUCUAGGGGCUUUUGUCCCAUGAUCCCUCCACUAAGUCAAAAUAAAAGUGAAAAAAAAGAUAGCCUUUCCAGCUUGCUACAUCCCAGGACUGUUUUAGCAUUCAUGCAAGCCAAAGCUUUUGAGACAAUUUUGUGCACUUUGUCAUAUAAAAUCCACCCAUGAAUUGUUUUUUUACUUCCACCCAUCUUUUCUUCCCUUUUGUACCUAAGCUUUCUAGGGCACAAAGACAGAAUAUCAAAAGAAGUUGUAAAUUCAAAGAUCUCAUCAACUCAGCCACCAUGUUGGCCAAACUAAGAGCCUCAGGUGAAGACUAGAAAUGAGCUAGGAAAAUAGAGGUUACAUCCUUUUAAAAUUACAUAUACAGACGAAGCCACUGCUGAAAAAACAGUUAAUUUGAAAUGAUUAUGUUCUUAAUCAGUCAAAAUCCUCAAUUUACUUCUUGAGGAAAAGAAAGAGAGAAGCUGAUGUGCCCAUAUAGAUCAUGCUCUGUCUAAGCCCUUAGUGUGAAACAAGAGUCCUACCUAGAUGUAUCAUUGACAAGAUCUUUACUUUGUGUAAAAGAUUUUGGCUACUUUUCAUUUUGUGCUACAUAGAGCAAUAUUUUCACUGUAUGCCAAGAGAGAAAACUAAUAAUAAGGCUGAGAAGAAAACCGUGAUUAUUCAAAACCAGAUACCAAAAUAGUCUAGAUUGCGGGCUGGCAAGGAUCAAAGUUGAGUUAUUAUCCGCUACUCUGCACCAGCUCAAAUCUGUAUUAUUUCUGCCUGGCAAAGAAUUUACUAUUUCAAUAUUAAAUAUUUAUUGCACAACUGAGCACUGUGUGGAUAGGAUGAAGUGUAUCAGAUUACUGAAAACUGAAAUUGUCUGUGAAUGUUGCGUAUUACAGUUACCUCCUUCUCCAUAACUCUAACUUCCAGGCAGUACAGGAGGUAAACCUACGUAUUUUAUUACCAAAAAGCAGUUUGCUGCAUAGUCUCUUGAGAGACUGUUUUCUGGAAUGAAAGCCACCUACAAAACGGGACACUAAAACAUUCUAUUAUUUCACGUUACCGUAUUAGUCUUCCAAAAUGCACUUUGAAAUAAAAUCCUUCAAGAUUGUGGGAAAAUUAAACUUCCAGACUUAAGUUUUACAUUUGACAAGCUGACUGGAGAAGAGUGUCAAAGCACUUUAGCACUAUGAUAAUUUUCAUGUUUCAAGGUACAAGUUUCUAGUAGAAAGGGAAAAUGAGGAGGAUUAAACUGCAGUAAAUUAAGGCCACAUUAUAUUUUGGAUGAGUAUAUCUUACUAGGCAUUCGUCGAUUUUACACCUCUAGUGAUUUCAUUCUGCUACAUCUAAGUGUCUCCAUGCAGCCAGUACUCUAAUUUUCCAAACCCCACUCGCAUGGAAUCAUGUUUACUACCACAAGUUUCAUCUUCAUGCUGAUAAGAAACAGUUACUCACUACUAAGUCUUGCAAAACUGAGUGAGUCUUUCAAAGCUACAUCCACUAGGCCUAUCUUGACACGUCAGGGGAGAGAGUUACAUGAUCAUUUCUACAUAAUUCAUUCUCCUAAAGUGUUAAAAAUAAAUACAGGGAAAAAAAAUUAAAAAUAAAAUAUGUUUUUCUAAAUCUUACUUCUUUAGAAAAGUUGGAUAAAAUAAACUCAUCUGUUCCUUUCUUUCAGCAUGUAUUUUAGGUAUCAACAGUACAGACAUCCAAAAUGGGAAAGAAUGUAUACCAGAUGAUUGUAGUCUUGCCAGUGUGACGUCUGUCUACAAGAAGGGCUGGAAGGAGGGUCUCAGGAACUAGAGGCCUCUCGGCCUGACCUCAGUGUCAGGGAAGGUCAUGCAGCAGAUCAUCUUGAGUGCAAUCAUGUGACAUGGGUAAAACAACCCAGGGAUCAGCCCUAGUCAGCAUGGGUUUAUGAAAGGCAGGUCCUGCUUGACCAACAUCAUCUCUGUCUAUGACCAGGUGACACACCUGGUGGAUUAAGGAAAGGCUGUGGAUGUAGUUUGCCUAGACUUCAGCAAAUCCUUUGACUCCGUCUCUACAGUAUUGUCCAGCAGUAGUUGGCAGAACAUGGCUUGGAUAGGUGUAAUGUUCACUGGGUAAAAAACUGGCUGGAGGGCCUGGGCCAGAGAGUGGUGGUGAAUGGAGUUAAAUCCAUUUGGCAACCAGUAACUAGUAGCAUUCUUCAGGGAUCAGUAUUGGGCCUGUCCUGUUUAGUAACUUUACUGAUGAUCUGGAUGAGGGAAUUGAAUGCAUUCUCAGUUAGUUUUCAGAUAACACCAUGUUGGGAGGAAGUUUUGAUCUGCCCAAGGGUAGGAAGGCCCUACUGAGGGAUCAAGAUGGGCUGGAUCUCUGAGGCCAACAGGAUGAGCUUCAACAAGACCAGGUGCCAGGUUCUUCACUUUGAUCACAACAACCCCAUGCAAUGCUAGAGGCUUGGGGCAGAUUGGUUCGCAAGUCAACAGCCAGCUGAACAUGAGCAAGCAGUCUGCCCAGAUGGCAAGAAGUCCAAUGGUAUCCUGGCUUAUAUGAGAAAUAGUGUAGUAAGGAGGCAAUCAUCCCUCUGUACUUGGCACUGGUGAGGCUGCACCUCAAGUACUGUGUUUAGUUUUGGGCCUCUCACUACAAGAAAGACAUCAAGGCCCUGGAGCAUGUCCAGUGAAGCUGAAAGCUGGCUACAAAGCUGGUGAAGAGUCUGAAGCACAAGUCUUGAGAGCAGAGGCUGAGAGAAUUGGGACUGUUUAGUCUUGAGAAGAGGAGGCUCCGGGGAGACCUUAUCACCCUCUACAAUGACCUGAAAGUUGUGUCAAGGUGGGGAUCGACCUCUUCUCCUGGGUAACAGUUGACAGGAUGGGAAGUAAUGGUCUUAAGUCAUGCCAGGAGAACAUUAGGAAUAAUUUCUUCUCCAGAAGAGUUGUGAUGCAUUGGAAUAGGCUGCCCAGGGAGGUGAUGGAGUCACCUUCCCGGGAGGUUUUCAAGAAAACCAGUGUCUACAAUGUGGAAUUGAAGGAUAUGAUUCAGUGGGUAUGGUAGUGAUGGAUUGACAGUUGGACUAGAUGAUUUUAUAGGUCUUUACCAACCUUUAUGAUUCUACGAUUAUUUCACCUUUUAGCUUCAAUUUUCCAGCAAGUAUGCAAAGGCUUUAUUCCAGGCAUGUCUAACCUGCUGGCCACAUGAGCUCCGGGAGAGCUCAUACUGCAGCCUGCCCCCUGCACCACACUAUCAUGGAGGUGGCUCUUCCCUUCUGAGCAGUUCAGCCAAGACCCAGGCGAACAUCCAUCAAUUAGCAACAACCAAACAUCAGUGUGCUAUUAAUGCUGUCUCAGCUGAACCCAGGACAAGGGGAAGACACAGUACAGUGCUAACUCAAGAUAUGGCAAAUAAUAUACAUUUUUGAUACUUUGGCUAAACACAGUACUUUGAACGAUGAAAAAUAGGCAGCCUUGAUUUCCAUCUUGAUAAAGGAGUUUUAGAAUAGGUUUCAAGACUGAAAAGAAUAUAAUUAAUUUGUGAAUUUUCAGUAGACAAAUACAUUAUCUACAAAUUUUCAAAUGGAAGGUAUAGAGUUGCAAUCCAACAUUCAACUCAAAAAUUCAAUCAUGUCUUUUUACCAGAUUUUUGUAUGACCUAUCUUACCACAGAAAAAUAUCCCUCACUUCACAACCACACCUUAUAUAUGUCGCCACUUUUUGGCAGUAUAUACAUUUGUGAACAACUGUUCUCAAGGAUGAAGUGCAAGAAGAGCAAAAUUUCAUCAAAAAAUCACUAACGAGCUCCUUGAAAAAUCAGUAAGAAUUGCGAACACUUCCAUCAAACCAGACAUUAAUGCAUUAGUUUCACAAAAACAAGGUCAAAUACCCCACUAGAUUUAUGCUUUGUUGCUUUUUUGUUUCAGUAAAAAAGACAAUAUAUAUUAAAAAAAAAACCUAAUGUUUGUUACCUAUUUACAUUAACUAUGUAUUUUAUAUGCAGCCCAAGAUAAUUCCUUUUCAUUCAGGCCCAGGGAAGACAAAAGGUUGGGCUCCCAUGCUUUAUUCUGUUUUUUGAAGCUGUCACUUGUUCAUUAAUUAUGAGUUCCUCCAAUAGCUGAGGAUAUUCCUAUAGGUUAAGAAGUGUAAGAUAUUCAUUACAAUUAUACUUUUUCAUCCUGUGAUUUCAUAACACUCAACAUACCUUGAGGAAAGAAUUUGUUUUGGGGCCAGUAUUCAUGAAACAACGGAAAAAGAUAGUUUUAAAUAAAGUUUUCCAAAAUUUUCCCUUAAGUCACCUCCACUUUUGAUCCUAAAAGACAAAAUUAUUUUUGCUGUGCUGUUGCAUAUUUAAGAGGUUUGCAAGAAACAUAAUCCUGUGUGUUUCCAUCUUGUUUCAUAUAUAUCUAUGUUCACAGCUGUUAAAAUAGGUGAAACAACACACCUAUGGUAUGAUCGCACAAGAAAGCAAAGACGCACACCAAUAUGGCUUAUAUUCAUGGAAAAUAAUCAUCUAACAUUCAAGAUGUUGCAUGGGAUUGAGUCUAUGUUGUGCUUGCUGGCAGCUGGUGGGAGUUGCAGAGACAGUCCUUACUGAUGACACUGUCUAUCCUGUCCUGGAAGUAGAGAGGAUGGCAGAGCCUGCCCUGAGACACUGGGAACUUCUCAGGUCUCUGGAUCAGUAAGAUAAAACACAGCACAAUCUUUCAGGGCCACAUAAUAAUCUGCUCUUUUGAACAUCUCUCAAGCUCUCAUUUCUUUGCUUUGUGUUCCAAACCACGUUUACCAGGUUUCACUCUCCUUCUGAAAGAUAGUUCUGCAAGAUGUAGAUGAUGAUCUCGAAAAGCAGCUCUCUCUGGAUACCUCUUCUGGCUUCCCAGGCUGUCACCUGCGUCCCAACCAUCCCAUGGCCCCUGACAGCCCUGCUGCUGGUGCUGCCACGUCUUCACACCAGGCUUGGCCAGAGGAUCUCAGCAACUCUUCCAUACAGUGUGCUGCACUGGCCACUUUGGUUUUACACAGAAGUUGAGAAAACUCUGUGGGUGACUCAUGAAAAAACACCAAAAACAACAAAUACUGCAGUGAGCAGUUCUCAUCUUCUCAUCUUCUUCCUCUUAAUCAUUUCCAGAAGCAGCUAAAACCAAAAAGGCCCAGCUAUUUAGAGUAGCCCUGCUGCAGCAGGACUGUCCCAUCAGCAGUCCAUGGUGAGUGACUCACUCUCUCACAGGCCAUCCUACCCUCACUCUUCAAGGAAAGGACAAUGGCCUGGUGAUCUGUCAGUCUGACUGGCACAUUCCUAAGUAUUAAUGAUAUCUGUGGUAAAAAAUAUUUAUAUAUAAAUUAAUUUUUAAAAAAAUCAGAAGAGAAAGAAAGAAUCUGAAUCAAUAUUCAGAAGCUUGUUUUCCAAUUAGUACAAAAUCUGAGGAAAACUUGUCAGCCUUAUGUUUAAAAUUUUCAUUUGAUGUAUCAGAAACCAUGAGGGUUCAUUUGGAGACAGCAGUGUUUGAACAUUUCCUGAUGAAAAAUAGUCUGAAAUCAACCAACACAUAUAUAUGAGUCAAAUUUCUUCCUUCCUUCCUUCUCUCUUUUCUCUCUUUCCUUUCUUCAGCCUCACAAAUGCUUGUGGGUAUGAGAGUGUUCAAAUAGACUCCAAGGAUCACUUGUGAGUUAUCCACCAAGUGUGAAAGAGACAAAAGCAACAGCUAAAUCCAUCAGCCCUCUAUUUCAUGGUUGUUUUGGGCUUUUUGUUUUUUGGGGUUUUUCUGGUGAAGGAAAAUAAAUCAACAAGAGGAAUCCUCUUUAGAAAAUGUGGCUGGGGUGAGAACAGUCCACUCAUUUUUGAGACCUCAGAGUGUAGCAGUUGCUCCCAGCCAUCCCAGCUGUAACAGAGGCAGAAGGAGGUGCACCCUAUUUUUUUGUUUGUUCGUUCUAUCUCCUCAUGGAUUUGAAUAUUUACUUUAUCUGCUCUUACAUGGGGCUUGCUAGUAAAUUCACUAAUUCCUUCCCUAAUAUUUAUUAUUUUACCCCUUCUCUUCAAUCCUGUUGACAGAGCACCUGAUUUCUCUAAUGUUGCUAAGGUGACACUAUUAAAAUUUUUCACCUCAGUUAUCAGCAUUUUGCCUUGCCACUCCUGUUACCCAAAACAAUUGCUGGUACUGGCCCUGCUUGUUGUGUUUAGGACCAAGUUGCUAAAGCAUCCUUACAGCCAUGUUAUGCUACAAGGAUAGGAAACAUGCUGCUAAAAUUUGUUUUCCUUCUUUCCCUUUACAAAAAUUCCUAAAUAUCUUUACUUCUCACAAAACAGGGAGCUUCCUGUGUGAAGUCAAACUUAGGAAAGAAAAGAACAACUGGAAAACAAGCUCUGGGCCUUUGGGUGCAGGUGUUUACUGACAGGAAAUGGGCUUAGAAUCCAGUAGCCUUCAGUAUUUUUAAAGCUCUCCUCCUGGAUGGCUCUGUAUUCAGAGCUGCCAGCAAGGCAAAUGGUAGAAAUUGAGCAGCUAAAAAGAGUUAGGCUUCUUUCCCCCCCUGGGUCUACAGAUAUUUUAUAAAACUUGUCUAGAGACACUCACUGGAGACAGUAUGCCAUUUAUUUUUCCUGUAUAAUCAUGAACAGCUCUACACUUCUAAGAAAUCUUUCUUUUUUAAUUUAUAGAAAAUCUUUCCCUGAAGGAAGCUGAUAGAUGGCCCUUAAUUUGCUGUGGCUUCUUUUCUUGUUUCUCUUUCUGCCUUUCCUCUUUUGUCACAGGCUUGACAAAAAGCUUUUUUCUUCCUUCACUUUAAGAAGUAUCUGAAACCUGUGUUUUAGCUACAGGUAUGUAGUUUCUCUUGCUUUUCAGGCACUGUGAAAGUUGGUAUUCAGACUCUUAAGUCCACCAAAAAUAUUGUCUUCUCCCCUCUGCUGAUGUCCAAAAUACUGUGUGUAGAAAGUAGUUUUGUAAAUCCUUUCUUCACUGGUUUUAAUUUGGAAUGAAGAAAAUUCCUCACAUGAAAUGAAAUCAGCUCUCUUCCUCCCCAGUUUUAUUAUGUCCAUAUGGGAAACAACAGUGGAUGAUGGUAAAGAGUGAGUGUUCUUACAGUGGAAUAUCAAGUAGCAACAUGCACACAUUUAUGUUAUGUCCUGGGCAGUGCUAAGGCAGUCUUCCCUUCCCUUGGCUGCCCUUUUAUUCCCAGACUUACUGGAAGAGUAUUCACUGGAAACCCAUGAUUAAGAAAGUAAUUAUAACAAGGUUGAGAUGGACACCAAUCAUUCACCUCAACCAACACAAUUAUUUCUGCGUGUUUGGUUUUUUUUGUUCCUUCCUUUGCUAUGGCCUUUUUUUCUAUAUUAUGGAACUAGUGGGUCACAUGAGCAUAUUAGUUCUCCCAGGUCUUCAGUUUACUGGGUAGAUUUGUUAGAGGUAUUCCAUAGGGAGUUGGACUAGAUGGCCUUCAGAGGUCCCUUCCAACUCUAAGGCUUCUAUGGUUACAUAGUUAAAAUAAAAGGGAGGAAAAAAUCAAGUGUUUUUUCCCCUCCCAAAGUUUUGCAUAACCUGAAAAAUUCCAUUGGGUUGCUACUUUUUUUCCCCACCCUUUUAUAAUGAGUUAUUAUAUAUUAGGGUUGUUGUUUGGGGCUUUUUGGCUUUGUUUUGUUAUUUCUUUUUUGUGUGUUAGAGAGUACUUGCAAAGAAGCACAUAGAAACACUUUUAGGUGCCCCAAAGUGCUCUGACUCUGGGAAAACCAGCUACGGAUAGCAUGUGAGGCAAGUGUUUAAGGUGUUUAUUAUCAUAAUCUUUGGAAGGAAUGACUUCUUUGAGUAUUUAACCUUUGGAUUGGUUCAUCUGGCAGCUCUGAAGAAAGCACAGGGGCAUAGGCUUAGUAUGCCCUAACUUUGUAAAGGGAAGGACAGGUCGAUGUUCAAUUGCCUUUUUUCUCCUCUUCUGGCUUGUGCAGGCUGCUGGAGUAGGGGAGGGAUUUCUUUCCCCACUAGUUCUGUCUCUGCACUUUUACUCCAAAGACAGCCAUUCUUUGAAGUACAAAAUGGUUGUAACAGUAUUAGUAAUAAAAACUAUAUGGGGAAGAGUACCAUGGUUGCCAAUAAAUGGACCUUCAAAUAAUUUUCCCUUAAUACUGGGGCCACUUUGUAGAGGUGGUUGGAAAAACAGAGAUUAGCAGUCUGUAAAUACCUUUAGAUAGUGUGUUUUAACAUUACCAGCAGCAUAUCUUGACUAUGUACAGAAAUAAUACAGUAUGUGUAGUGCUAUUCAAAUUAAGUUAUAAUGUAAAUAUAUCUGCAAUGAAUGUCCAAUUAUCUUCAAGCUCUAUGUACAAGGAAGAACCUCAUCUCUUCUUGAGACUUUUUCUAACUUAACGGUAUGGAAAAUCUGUUAUCCAUUUAUAUAUAUAUCUGAAACAAUUGUGUUCUUUUCUUCAAAAUAAAUACUGAAAAGAAGGGAAUGCAUUACAUGAACAUGAUAUCAAAAAUCCUAUCGUAGGACUGAGAACUGUGGCUCUUACAAGUCGGGGACUGGUCAAAUUCUUGAUGCUGUACAUUUGAUCUCAUAAAGAAGAUAAGCACAAGUUUAUGGUUAGCAUUGUAAAGCUGACCCAUUUGAUUAUAUAUAAAUUAUAGAUAUAUAUUUAUAUAGUCUGUAUAGAUAUAUACGUAUUAUGCACAAUAUUCAUACAGUGAAAGUAAAGUUUGAUAAAGUCACAUUAGCUGGGAAUUUUGUUGUAAUGUUAUGCUCCAUUUGGAGAAAGAGCACCUGUCUUAUUCAGCAACAUUCAAACAUGUUAUGCAGAAUAAAGGAAGAAGGUGCUUCACCAAAACAAAUCAUGAAGGAAUGAGGUGAUGAGGGUUUGAAAUUACACAAUUAAACUACAUGCAAUAUAUGUGUAUGUACUUCUGCUAAGCUGUAUCCCUAGUUAAAGCAUUGCAUUAAACAGCAAAUUAUAACAAUAAUAAAAGUGUUUUUGUAUGUGG